AUGUGGGUGUUGGAUCAGAUCCGAGUCUCUGUGGAUCAGAACCACUUCUCCUUCCCUGCGGACUACAGUGUCCGCCUGGCCAACAUCAUGUUUGGGGAGAAAAUAGCCUGGGACAAAAAGGAGAAAGUCUUGCUGUGUCCCAACAUCAUCACCCCGAGCACCAUCCCAGAGUUCUGCAUCCCUCCCAAGAUGCAGGAGCUCAGGACGCCCAACUGGACCAGGCACCUUGCCGCCACCAGGGCGCCAUCAUCUGUGGCCGGGAGCUCGGAGAGCAAGGUGUCGGCCAGAGAGACCUUCAGCCGUCACAUCAUCCAGGUGGAGGACGUGGACGAGCUGCUGAAUGAUGGUGGCGGCUUCAGCGACGAGGAGAGCACCAACGCCGACCCUCUGAGCCAGGCGGCGCUCUCCCUGCCGCACCUCACCAAAACCCAGACCUGUUACGGCUUCUGCACCCUCCUGGAGAGCCCUCACACCCGCAGGAAGGAGUCUCUGUUCCACUGUGAGCCGGGCUCCUGCAGCCUCCCUCUGGUGCCUCCUCGCAGCCGGGCCUCAAGCGCUGCCGCCGCCACCCGGCCUCCUCACUGCGCCUCCUUCAGCCUCAACAAGCUCACAUCCCGGCUCCAGUCGCCCAGGGUGACGGCGCUGCACCGGCAGGGCACUCUAGACAGCGACACCACCUCCUCGGCUGAGUCCUCGCCCUUUAACUCCCCCCUGCUGGCCAGGCCCUCCCCCCUGAAAGCCCAGAGCCAUGAGCGGCUGCUGUCCUGGGCCGUCCGGAGGGCGGCGCUGUCGCGGAACAGCUCGCUGUCCACGGACGAGAGCAGCUCCACCGACAGCAGCCCCAGCGCCGCGCGGAGGGCUUUGGACGGGCAGGUGGAGCCGCCUCCCGCCACCUUCAGCCGGGCUCCUCCGGUGGUGUUCCCUGCGGAGCCGCCGCCGUGCAGGGAGAAGGCGGCGAGGGAGAGCCUGAUCCCGGUCGGCAGGCAGGGGGCGCUGCAGCUGUCGGCGGAGUACUGCCCUGACAACCUGAGGCUCCGAGUGAGGCUGAUCAGUGCCGAGGGCCUGUACCCCGCGGCGGUGGAGCCCAGAGGCAUCAACUGCAGCGUCAGCGUGUGCCUGCUGCCGGGGAAGCUCCAGAAGCAGCGCAGCUCCGUCAUCAAGAGGAGCCGCAGCCCCAUCUUCAACGAGGACUUCUUCUUCGACGGGAUCGACCAGCAGGAAGUGGGCAGCAGGUCGCUGCGAUUUAAAGUGGUCAACAAGACGUCCAGCAUGAAGAGGGACUACGUCCUGGGAGACUGUGAGGUGCUGCUGCUCACCGUGUUGGCUGUGGGAACACGCCUGUCUGUGUAA